AUGGAGACAUCUAUGAAGAUGCAGACAGCUCAAUCAGCCGUCAUCAACCAGUCUGUUUCAAUCGGGAAUUCCAUUGAGUUCAUUCAGGAUCGGGUCUCUAUGGAUCCUGAAUUUGAAGAAUCUGACAGACCUGUGAAACGCCGACGAACCUCUACGCGUUCUGCAUCCCAAAUUACAUCAGCCCUGUCAUUUGAGAGCCAGCCCCAAAAGACCACUCGCAACGUGGCCCAACAUUUUACCUCUAUUGAUCUACAAGCAAGCAACAAUUCGCUGGUCGAAUCUCUUGCUAGUGCCAGUAGCACUACUCCGGGGGACUCGACUUCUACCUUAUUCUAUCCCAGAAAAUCCACAACCCCCGCGACGACCCCCGAGCAGUAUUCAUCAUCUACUCCAUGUGUUGCACGCCCAUCUAUCUUAGACAGUGGGAUAGUUGAUCUGGAAAGAUGCCGACCCCGCUCAUCCAUUCCAACUCGACUGCCACCCAAUAUAUACGGCCAUCAGUGCGUAACAUCCGCUUAUGCAUCUCGACUGGACCCGUUUGCGCUCCAUCCAAAAGAGCAGAAAGCACUCGAAGAUCAACUCUGUCAUAUGCACGUCACGAUUUAUCUUAACAUUCGAAACAGUAUUCUGCGACUCUGGACUCAAAAUGCCAUGGUCAGUGUUACAAGAGAAGAGGCGCUUGGAUGUGCCAAAGAUUACCGCUGGAUGAAUCUAGCUGCGUUUGCGUAUGAUUGGCUGGCACGCUAUGGAUACAUUAAUUUUGGCUGCAUUGAGGUUCCAGUUGCUCCAGUGGCCCCUCGACGAGGUCGACGAAAGGAAGGGCCCGUCAUCGCUGUUAUCGGAGGCGGCGUAGCUGGUCUGGGCUGUGCACGGCAACUAGAAGGCCUUUUUCAGCAUUACAAAGACGCAGACACCAACCCACGUGUGGUUGUUUUGGAGGGACGACGCAGAAUCGGUGGAAGAAUUUAUUCGCAUCCUCUUCACAGCAUGAAGUCAAAAACACUACCACCCGGCCUGGUUCCUAAAGCAGAAAUGGGAGCUCAGAUUAUCGUUGGCUUUGAACACGGAAACCCCCUUGACCAAAUUGUUCGAGCCCAGCUAGCGCUUCACUACCAUCUGCUACGCGACAUCUCCACCAUCUACGACAUCGAUGGCUCCCCCGUUGAUGAAUUGCAGGAUGCAAUGGAUGAAAAGAUAUACAAUGAUGUCCUGGGUAGAUCAGGUUUCUACCGACGCAAAGCACUCAUUACUCCCACAGCCCAUGGUGAUCGUGACUUAAUUGAUGCGGGUCGUGACUCUACCAUCGACGACGGUCUUACUAUCAAACAGUACGAAGAGGCGCGACGUGCAGGUACCACUCAUCUUCUCGUCCCAACUAAACGCGUUCGAAGACGCCGAGGAGCCGGUCACAAAUCCGCUGAAAUCGAGCCUAUUGAUGAUGUCGCUGGAGACUCUCUUGACCCCUUGAAAGAAACUCCUGCUGCUUUGACUUGCCAGGCUGCUGGAUGGACACUGAAUCCCGGGUAUGACGAAGAUGAUACAAUUGACCUAGAUGAUAUUGCUUCUGCGAGUCCAACACAAACUCUGGGUGCUGUUAUGGACGACGGUGUCGAUCAAUACAAGCGUAUGCUUCCGCUAAAUCCCAAGGACAUGCGACUUCUGAACUGGCACUUUGCAAAUCUCGAAUAUGCCAAUGCCACCAAUAUCAAGAACCUCAGUCUUUCCUCAUGGGAUCAGGAUAUCGGGAACGAGUUUGAGGGAGAACACUCCCAGGUGAUCGGCGGAUAUCAGCAACUUCCGUACGGCCUAUAUUGCUUACCCACCAAGCUUGAUGUUCGCACCGACAAGAUAGUGCAGAAGAUCUCAUAUGAUUCAUCGGGGAAGGGCAAGCGAAAAUCAGUCAUCCACUGCGAAGACGGCGAGAAUUUCGAGGCAGACCAUAUUGUUUUCACCGGCUCUCUGGGUGUUCUCAAACAGCGAAACAUCCAAUUCGAUCCGCCUCUUCCUGAGUGGAAGAUGGGAGCUGUCGAUCGACUCGGGUUUGGAGUCAUGAACAAAGUGGUACUGGUAUUCGAAGAGCCUUUCUGGGAUACUGAGCGAGACAUGUUUGGUCUUCUUCGCGAACCGACAACGCCUGAUAGCAUGGCGCAGGAAGAUUACGCACAGAAUCGCGGGCGAUUCUAUCUGUUCUGGAACUGCAUGAAGACAACCGGACUACCUGUUCUCAUUGCUUUGAUGGCUGGCGAUGCCGCACUCCAGGCGGAGAGAACGGCAGACACGGUGAUCAUCUCCGAGGUCGUGUCUCAGCUACGCAAUGUGUUCAAGCACACUGCUGUUCCGGACCCACUUGAGACCAUCAUCACUCGCUGGGCCUCGGACAAGUUCACUUACGGCAGCUAUUCUUAUGUUGCGGCAGAGGCCCUGCCCGAAGACUACGAUUUGAUGGCCAGAAAUAUCGGCAACCUCCACUUUGCAGGUGAAGCCACUUGUGGCACACACCCGGCAACAGUACACGGGGCCUACAUAUCAGGUCUCCGAGCCGCCGCAGAGGUUAUCGAGUCCGUCGUUGGGCCAAUUGAGGUCCCUGAGCCCCUGGUCCCAGAAAAGGUGGGCGGUGUCACAGUGCCGGCAUCCGUAGGCUCUAAGAGUUCUACAGCUAAGCGGCCAAGGCCUGCACCAUCCCGCUCUGGGUCCAGGGCUCAGCUGAAGCCGGAGCCACAGCCACAGCAACCAUCCGCCCCUGUCUCUUCCUCCCACAAUGCCGGCCACGAGGAGAAGCUCCGUAGGGAAACCUACGAACAAGCAAUGUGGACCACCAUCUACGCCGAGAUCGGAGGCCAACCACCACGCCCUCAGAAGCUUGGGCUGAACCCAUUCCUCCUUUACCAGAAGGACUUCUGGGGAAUAUGCCGUGACCAGUGUGACGAGAGUCGUCGUGCAGCGUCGAAUAACCACGACGCCAAAGCCCCCCCGUGA